GGGGCAGGCGGGGUGGCCUCGCUGCCGUCCCCCGUCCCAGGCCUUCUGUUGGGAGAUCUCGGUGGUUCCCGAGGGCUCGUCUGAGUCCGGAUGGAGUUCGUCCUUUUUCCAUCCUCUCCUCGCUGUCUGUGCGUGCGCGGGUUGCUCCCUUCCCCUGCUGCACUGCUUUGCGCGGGUGUGCGCGCGUGUGCGCCUGUAGGGGGCCUGUUUUUGUCGCCGGUGCCGUGCAGCCUGAGGUCCGACUCUCAGGAAGGGACGCGGGAACAGAGCCGUGCACUCACCGCUGCCCAGGUGCUGCUCUGUCACCCCUCGGCUCACCUGGCCAACUUGGGGGACGCAGAGUCGCCUUGCUUUGUGCCUGAGCUCAGGAAAGCAUGCCUCAGACUCCUCCCUUUUCAGCAAUGUUUGACAGCAGUGGGUACAACCGGAACCUCUACCAGUCUGCAGAGGACAGCUGUGGAGGGUUGUAUUACCAUGACAACAACCUUCUCUCUGGGUCCCUGGAAGCACUCAUCCAGCACUUAGUACCUAACGUGGAUUACUAUCCGGAUAGAACUUACAUAUUUACCUUCCUACUCAGCUCUCGGUUGUUUAUGCAUCCGUAUGAGCUAAUGGCCAAAGUCUGCCACUUAUGUGUGGAGCACCAGAGACUAAGUGACCCCGAUGGUGAUAAGAACCAGAUAAGAAAAAUUGCACCCAAAAUCCUUCAACUCCUGACAGAAUGGACAGAAACGUUCCCUUAUGAUUUUCGGGAUGAAAGAAUGAUGAGAAACUUAAAAGAUCUGGCUCACCGGAUAGCCAGUGGCGAGGAGCAGACGUACCGGAAGAACGUCCAGCAGAUGAUGCAGGGGCUGAUCCGCAAACUGGCCGCGCUCAGCCAGUACGAGGAAGUCCUGGCGAAAAUCAGCUCCACGUCUACGGAUCGGCUCACCGUUCUCAAGACCAAGCCGCAGUCCAUACAAAGGGACAUCAUCACCGUCUGCAGCGACCCCUACACGCUGGCCCAGCAGCUGACGCACGUAGAGCUGGAGCGGCUCAACUACAUCGGGCCAGAGGAGUUUGUCCAGGCGUUUGUGCAGAAGGACCCUUUGGACAACGACAAGAGUUGCUACAGUGAACGUAAGAAAACACGAAACCUAGAAGCUUACGUGGAAUGGUUUAAUCGCCUCAGCUACUUGGUUGCUACAGAAAUCUGCAUGCCCGUCAAGAAGAAACACCGAGCGAGGAUGAUUGAGUAUUUCAUCGACGUGGCCCGGGAGUGUUUCAACAUCGGCAACUUCAAUUCCUUGAUGGCGAUAAUCUCCGGCAUGAACAUGAGCCCCGUCUCCCGGCUAAAAAAAACUUGGGCCAAAGUAAAGACUGCAAAGUUCGACAUCCUUGAGCAUCAGAUGGACCCUUCAAGCAACUUCUACAAUUAUCGGACAGCUCUUCGGGGGGCAGCACAGAGAUCUUUAACUGCUCAUAGUAGCAGAGAAAAGAUUGUGAUACCGUUCUUCAGUCUCUUAAUCAAAGAUAUUUAUUUCCUCAAUGAGGGCUGUGCCAACCGCCUUCCAAAUGGCCAUGUCAAUUUCGAGAAAUUCUGGGAACUGGCCAAACAAGUGAGUGAAUUUAUGACGUGGAAGCAGGUGGAGUGUCCGUUCGAGAGGGACCGGAAGAUCUUGCAGUACCUGCUCACCGUGCCAGUCUUCAGUGAAGACGCUCUCUACUUGGCUUCUUAUGAGAGCGAAGGACCCGAAAAUCACAUAGAGAAAGACAGAUGGAAGUCUUUACGGUGAGUGUCAUUGCUGCCGCUUGCUGUGCAAGUCUAGAGCAAAUGCUGGUUUACUUGAAGAAAGCCACAUGCUUUCCACGGGACGUCACUGCCUUCCUGUCCUAAGUCGUCUGCACUUCAUUUCCUUUUAACUGAAUCUUUGUGGCUUAGAAUUUUCAUGACUAUUAUUCAG